AAAGACAGGGCCGAGUUUGGAUUUCCGCUUUGUGCUUGAACGCACCGCGUCGCGAGCAGGAAGCGUUGAGACUCGCGGGUUAAUCUCCCCUCGCGCUUCACAGGUAUUCGUACUAAUUACCUCCCCUAACACCCCGUGUACGUCUAGGGUACCAUACCCGAACCCGACGUCGCUGGGGAAUCGAUCCGCUGUCGGUCACGUUCAGAUCGGGGGUGUCGAACACAACACUCCCGGCGGGUAUCGAUCCCGGGAGUCGAGUCAAGUGUAGUGUGCCAACAAUUAACAACACCUCAUCCUCGGCUGUCAGUCACGGUGAUCCGCGGAGAGACCCGGGUCCGAUGCUCGACGACGUGAGACCCGGGGACGUUACCGGACAGGAGGGUACAUGUUAUCGGUCGACUGACCGGAGACCUACCGGUGUUCAAGACAGAGGAACGGCGGUACAUUAACAGCCACAGAAUGCCAGCCGGAGUGUGUGGGUGCUGCGGGCCCCUGAGGCCCCGCUACAAGCGCCUGGUAGACAACAUCUUCCCAGAAGACCCCAAAGACGGGUUGAGUAAGUCGGACAUGGAGAAGCUGACCUUCUACGCCGUUUCGGCGCCGGAGAAGCUGGACCGCAUCGGGGCCUACCUGGCAGAGAGGCUGAGCCGGGACGUGGUCCGGCACCGCUACGGGAACGUGGUGAUCGCCAUGGAGGCCCUGGACCAGCUGCUGAUGGCUUGCCACUCCCAGAGCAUCAAGCCCUUCGUGGAGAGCUUCCUCCACAUGGUGGCAAAGCUGCUGGAGUCCCGGGAGCCAGACCUGCAGGUCCUAGGCACCAACUCAUUUGUGAAGUUCGCCAACAUCGAGGAGGACACGCCCUCGUACCACCGGCGGUACGACUUCUUCGUGUCCCAGUUCAGCGCCAUGUGCCACUCCAUGCACGAGGAGCCCGAGACACGCUCCAGGAUCCGGGUGGCGGGUAUCAGAGGCCUGCAGGGCGUGGUGAGGAAGACGGUGAACGACGAGCUGCAGGCCAUCAUCUGGGAGCCGCAGCACAUGGACAAGCUGAUCCCCUCCAUGCUGUUCAACAUGCAGGACGCCCAGGACCUCGACAGGGUGGGGCACCCCGCCAGCCCCUCUGUGGGGGGCCAGGAGCCCGACCCGGACCACCAGGAGGACCCAGUGGUCCUGGCUGAGAGCUGCUUCAGAGAGCUGCUGGGUCGCGCCGCCUACGGGAACAUGAACAACGCAGUCAGACCGGUCCUGGUUCACCUUGACAACCAUCACCUGUGGGACCCGAACGAGUUUGCCGUUUCCUGUUUCAGAAUCAUCAUGUACUCCAUCCAGGCGCAGCACUCCCACCAUGUGAUCCAGCAGGUGCUGAACCACCUGGACACCCACGGCCGCAACACGCCCCGGGUCCGGGCCGGGAUCGUCCAAGUGCUGCUGGAAACCGUUGCCAUCGCCGCCAAGGGCUCUGUUGGUUUGACUCAAGAGUUCAAAAGACCAAACCCCUUCGAACCGGAAUACCAGACUCCAACCAACCUCUGGCUGGGCCCCACAGUGUUGGAGGUCUUCAACACGCUGCUGAAGCACCUGAGGAUCAGCGUGGACCUGGAGCUGGGGGAGGGGCCUCGCCGGGCGUCGGCCGCCAGCGUGUCGUCAGGGCGAUUCAAGGAGAGCGAGGAGCGCAUCGUCCAGAACGCCAUCAUUCAGACCAUCGGGUUCUUCGGCGGUAACCUUCCUGACUACCAGCGUGCGGAGGUGAUGAUGUUCAUCAUGGGGAAGAUCCCGGUGUACGGGACACCCUGCCACUCCAUGGACACGGUCAGGAUAGGACACCAGGGCACCAAGAGGAUCCAGACCAUGCUGCUGAGCUCCCUCAUCAUGGUGACCUCCGGGUUCAAGUCUAAGACCAUGGUGGCGGCCCUGCCCCCCCCUUUCCUUGAGCCGCUCUUCUCCAUCUCCCUGAUGGAGGACAGCGAGCUGCGCCAGCUGGUCCUGGAGAUCCUGCACAACAUCAUCGAUCGCCACGACAACCGCGCCAAGCUGCGCGGCAUCAGAAUCAUCCCAAACGUGGCCGCUCUGAAGUUCAAGAGAGAAAAGAUCUCGAAGCAAGACGUCGCCUUCAUGAAAAAGCAUGGCCAGCAGCUGUACCGCCACAUCUACCUGGGCUCCAAGGAGGAGGACAACGUCCACAAGAACUACGAGCUGCUGUUCACCACGCUGGCCGUGCUCACCAUCGAGCUGACCAACGAGGAGGUGGUCAUCGACCUCAUCCGGCUUGCCAUCGCUCUGCAGGACAUGGCGCUGGCCAAUGAGGAGAGCAUGCCCAUGGUGAUUCGCUGUGGCAUCAUGGCUCUGGUGGCGGCCUACCUCAACUUCCUGAGCCAGAUGAUCGCCAACCCGUCCUUCUGCCAGCACGUUAACAAGGUGGUGGAGCUGAGGAGCCUGGACGCCCCGCAUCUCCUGCCCGAACACAUCUUCAAAGACAAGUGUCCCCUCCCGGACUCUCUGGACAAGGAGGACCGGAGCCUGUACUUCCAGACGCUGGAGAUUGCAGAGUGUCUUGCGGGACUAGGGUACAGCGUGGACCGGCUCUCCAUCUCCUACGUCCCCCAGGUCACAGUCCUGUACACGGUAGGCAAGAUUCUUCACAAGUGCAAACAGUCAUCAAGAGACCGCCUGACCAGGAGGAAGAGCGUUGUGGACACCAUCUCCCUCCAGGUGGACAUCCUGCCCAACAACCUCCCUGAUCAGUCCCAGCUGGCCGAGGAGAUCACCUUCGAGACCUUGAAGAAGGCCAUAGACACCACAGGCCUGGAGGAGCAGGAGCGGGAGAAGAGGCGUCAGGUGAUCGAGAAGUUCCAGAAGGCUCCGUUUGAGGAGAUCGCUGCUCACUGCGAGUCCAAGGCCAACAUGCUGCACGACAGACUGGCCCAGAUCUUUGAACUGACCAUUCGGCCCCCCCCCAGCCCGUCCGGCGUGGUGUCCGUCUCGGCCGGCCACCCCCAGCACCAGUCGGUCCCGGUCUACGAGAUGAAGUUCCCCGACCUGUGCGUCUACUGACCGGGGGACUCCGUCGGGACCAUCUGGAGCCCUCUAGAACCUUCUAGAAGGACCCCCAGCCAGACUGAACAUUCAAGAACCUUUAGAGGCGGGAACGGCGGGGAAGGGCGUUAAAAAGGUCUUCAUUAAUCGGAUCUAAUUGAAUGCAUUGUUCAGCACCAUGACCCCCCCCCCCCCCCCCCCCCCCCCUUUAAGACCAUCUCAUCGCCGCAGGUACAAAAACAAAAACCCAAAUCGGUCCUAUUUUCAAUGUCAGUUGGGUGUCGUUGAGGGGUUGGUUUCUUAAAUCGUAAUCUUUUGAAUCUUAUUGAAACCUCUUAAAACGACUAAAAGGCCGUGGAAUGAUGAGGCCUUCAUCAGCACUGCUCCACACCGUAACCUCACGUCACUCACACACAGACACGGCGCACAGUGGUGAAUUGAACCGGCCGAUUCUCAGAGACGGUUGUUGGUGUGUGUCCACGUCUUGUACAAGGUAUAAAUAGGAUCAGUUCAUGCCGUAGUCUUAACCUUCUGCUGAUGUAUGCUAGCUAGCUCCCCUUGGGUCUAGAUACCCCUUUGAGCUGCAGUUCCUCCGUCAGCCUCAAGCAGUCUCAAGUUUCCCUUAAAUUAAACGGAUUAGCAUCGCUCUCCAGCGGUCCCUCUCUGUCUCCCUGCCCCGAUUGGUUUGAUGGAGUUAAAACGACAACGGGAGAUCGGUAGAUUCCGUGUAAGAAUGUCUUGAACAAAAUGUUAUGGCGUUCCCCCUGAGACGGAGAACCAACGGAUCAAUAUCUCUGUCAGGAGAACCGACAGGUUAGUGUCUCCAGUAUGCUCUCAGCCCUAAGAACCCAACGCCUCCUCAGGCUCUGAGUGUCAAGCCCCCCCCAGCGUCUAGCAACCAUGCUAUCAGACUAAUGCAACUACAGUGUACUGAAUGGAGUGCCGCUAGGCUACGUUAUGGCUAGCUUGUCUAUUGCCAUCAGCUAUGCCACGGCUAAUGAUGUAGCCACCUACAAUGCUAAGACUAGCGUCGGUUGUACAAGAAAAGCCGCCAGCGAGAGAACAGAUGCAGCGAACUGGUACUUGUGAUGCAUUGUGGGUAUUAAAGUUUAUAAUAAUAUAAUGGGGGUUUUGUGAGAGAACAAUAAGGUUUUAUAUUCAUGUGUCCUAUAUUAACGCCGUUUGGCAAGGCCUGCACUUUGGGAGAAUACAGCCACUAUGUUCAAGAGGAGUUAUAGCAAUGUUUCAUGAGAGGCGUGUGUAGAGUAUUAAUAGUAUUGUAUAUUACUCAUAGGAAUACUGCUUCUGAUUAAGCAAUAGUGCACUAGAUAUUUCAACUUACUUUUAAAUAUCUCUGGCUGGCAUUUCUCCCAGCCAAUCGCGUUCCACUUGCCUCCUCAGUCGUCGUGGAACCAGAUACUACUAUCAGUCGUGCCCGUAUGGUCCCAGCGUACAUUCCCCUCCACGCCUCCCCGACGCAGUGCACAUUGAUCUGUCAUCGUGCUCGCCGAGUCUGAAGGCAUGGCGGGGCUACGUGCUCCCACUGCAGAGCUCCCACUCUCAUGACUAGAUUCCCAGUCCCCUGUGUAGCCGUGGUGACGCCUUCAUGCAUAUUACCUGUUGUGUGUGUGUGUGUGUCCCAUCCUGACACCAAAACACGUCCAUUGCCAAAGACGGAGCCAGCUUCAGUUGGGUUCUCUCACUCAAGUGUGGCGCGCCGGAGUAACACGCACACGUACACACGUACACACACACAUGUACACACACACGUGUACACACACACACACACACACACACACACACGUACACACACACACACACACACACACCAGCAGGAAGUACCUUUAUAAUCCCUCAUGCUGAGCGCUAUCUGUGCGUGAAGCUGUGCCUGUGGAAUAGGAGCAGCCUUCUGGUCUUUCUCGACUAUCAAGGCAACGCUGUGUGUGAGUGGGUUACCCAUGAUCCUCUAGUCGUCUCUUCUCGUGGCUCUAGCGAUUGUUAGUGAUCUCAGCAGCUGAUCCAGUUCAAAGCGUGUGUUCAGUAGUUUGAACCUGAGGCCGGUUUAACCCGGUUUAAGUCUGGUCUCGCAGGUAGAUGCGGGGGGGGGGGGGGGGGGUUAUGUAGAUAAAGAAGAUGACAGGAAACAGAAUGUGGAAAUGUUUGGGCACAUCCAGGUAGACAAGAGAAGGCGAAAGGUUUCUUUUGGUGUCUGGUUAACAAAAAUAGCAUUUUGGGCGAGGUUUGCUUUGGUCGACUUGAUGAGAUGAGGGUUUCUAUUGGCCGUUUAGUCACCAGGAAGGUAUGGAAAGUUUAUAUUGGCUCUAUGUGUAAGUUUGUUGUGUGUGUGGAUAUGUCAUGAGACUCAGUGUUUAACAGGAUGAGAAGGCAGAGGGGGAGACCGAACUGUUUUUCAGAUUGAUGUCUGCUGUGUUUUAUUCUUACUGUGAUAAGAUGAUGUAAGGUCGUGUUCUAGAAAUCCAUGAGUUAUGUGAUGCGAGGAGUCCACUAGCCAGACCUACCCCUAGGGGGCGCUGUAGUGUUUUCACAGGUUCUAUCCACUAUGGAUUUUAAUAAUCAAACUAGUUACCAUAUUUACAGUUAGUGAUGGUGCAUCCUUUAAAUGUGUUUUUGUGCUUUUACCUUGGCUGAGGGUUCAAAUGUUGUUUGCCACACCGUUCUAAAAGAGUUAGAUGUUCUAUUUUUCUAUAGUCCGUGUUCAUCGUCGACUUGCCUGCUAGACAUCGGCAAGCUGGUCUUUUCCAGAGUGUAGAACAAAACACAGGUACGCUUUUACUUUGAAAUUCAUCAGCAGUGCUGGCAUCCUUGUGGAACAUCAGCCGAGAUCAGUCAAAAUACUUGGAGUCUUUUAAUAUGAAAAGUGUUGUGUGUUGACCGCUCAAUCCUCUGUUGGGUUGUUCAUCGUGUGAGCAUGUGUCGUAGUUCCUCAAGUACGAGCUGUGAUUGACAAACACUGCAUUAGUUCUUAUCGGUUCAUGUAGCUGUGAAACACACAGGUCUUAAAGGCACACGACAGCCUGGAAUCUCCUCAAACAUGGACUUCAAAACACCUCCCUAUAGCUCUCCAAGCGACUCGGAUCAGCGCAGCUUGUCGAGUCCGACUCUCAGAGUUUGAUUGGUCGGCCACUAGCCCCGCUUGGCUCGGAUUGGCCCACGAAGCUUCGUUAAACGGGACCGAUUCACCUCUCAAAGGGCCCGGUGGUUCUCUGUGGAAAGCCCGGUCUGCUGUCUGGAACUCCAGGCUGUGAUGAAUAGAUUUAGAUCUGACAGAAAAACACACGCUCUUAUUUUGAUUUCACGGCGGGUGCUAAGAUACUCAGCCCUCGGCGACAAGAGCACAACGCUGAAUACUAACGAGUGUUUUCAGUUCACACCUCGUGGUCCGUCUGCUCAGUGGAGACUACUGAGAUACACAUGAACCAGCAAUUGAUUUUCUCUUGCCAAAGCACAGGCUAACCCACAGGCUAGCUAAAGGCUAGCUAACGUUAGCAAGCGGGUCAUAGGUUGAAUUAUAUUACCACUCAGCUGUGCUAGAUGUAGAUUAUAGAUUCAUAGCAAAAAAAAUACAGCUAUAAAUACUAACUAAUAAAGGUGAAUAAAUAUGGGAAAUUGUGAAUGAUUUAGUGCACUUUGACCGUUGUGUUUCCGGUGAUCUGAGGACUUUGAUGAGUUCCCUUUGCUACGUUGUGUCAUUUUACGGACAGUGUUACGUACAGCAGCAAUAUUGUGAUCUCUCGUUCAAUACCACCGUACUAUAUAUAUAUAUAUAUAUGCACUAUUUAGAACCAUACUGCUCCAACGUGGUGAUCCAUUAGGCAUCCAGUCUUAGCGCGUAUCAUAUGGAGGUUCUUGAGAGAUUACUUGACGGUGAAUUAGCACAGACACGACUCACUGCCUCAAUAAUGGUUCUGGUUCUGUAUGGACAACUUAGUAGUGCUAGUUGAGAACUAGUCAAGAGGAACUCGAGCUCUGACCUGGAGCGGGGAGAAGGUACUUUAGGUUGUUUAGGGAACUAGACUUCUGCUCUUCAUUCUUCUUGUUCGUGGUAGGUCCGUUUUGUAGAACAAUUCAUUGUAUGCGUUUUCAUUGUAUUCAGCAAUCAGAAUAGUGAUGAGUCUCAAUCGGUUUCAAGGUGUGUGUUUCAGACCCCCGUUGGGAGGAUCUGAACUCUUUCUGUUUGAUGCAAGAUAUAUUUUUUAAAAGCUAGUUCAUUCGUUCGCUCACGCCUCAAUGAUGCAAUUCUUGGACUGUGCGCUUUUCAAUUUGCCAAUUCAAAGCAGUCCACUGGGAGUGGCCCAGUACGACCCCCAGUGCUGUACUGGUGGGUGGGUACCAGCGGUGUGUAGAUCGAUUGUAAACGGUGCGAUAGGUUGGGGGGGCGCCACGGUUUGUUAUUUUGUCGCACGCUUGGACAAAGUAUAUGACGUGUUUAGAGGACGAUCGAUGGUGAUUUCAACGCUCUGUUCCGCUGUGAAUUCUGCAUCAACAAGAAUGUAUCUGAAAUCAAAUAAAGUCAAAUCUUUCUAUCAAACCA